CAACAACGCCCGCCGCGCGGCCGCAACAAUGAGAAAAAUUCCCGACCCGGAGAGUACGCCGCCGUGGAAUUACCCACAAAAUCCCCAUCACACAUCUCCUCUUCAGGUCGAAUGGCUUCCUUCACAGCCCUCUUCGACCGUGAUACUCGAAGAAGCUCCGUCCGUGAUGCUCGAAGAAGCUCGGACCUUAGAGGCUAAGGUGAAUCCCUUUAGAUUUCUAGACCUGCCAGCGGAGCUACGCAAUGCCGUCUACCACCACCUCAUCACCAAUGGGGAAGUUCUUCAGUUCGAGCGCAUGCACCAAGCCGGCAGAUUCCAGUACAAUGUUCGGAACAACAAUAAAUGGCGGGUCAGGGUGAGACGAGGCACAGAUGGCCUGAGCAAGCUCGAUAAGUGCACGGCGCUGUUUUAUGUGAGCAAGCUCGUCUCAAAUGAAGCAAAGGCUGUUCUAUACGGCCAGAACACCUUCCGCUUCACUAUCGACGGCAAACCGCACCAACCCAAUUCCCUCCACUCGUCGCAGAUAUUCGGCCCACUUGGCUUCUCCAACACUCUCCCUCUCUUACGCAACCUCCGAAGCAUCGAGAUCCAAGUUGAGCACGACAGCCUGGCUGGUUCCGGCCAUUGGGAAAACAAGCGACAUCGGGGUCGCAUGGAGCAUCUCGUGAACAUUCUAAAAGAGCAUGCAGACGAUGAAGACAAGAGGAGUUUGCUCAAGCAGAUGAAAGUCCGCUUCUCGUAUCCUCCUGAUCCAUACCGGCCUAAUAUGGCUAGAAAUGGUCAUUUCGGUCGAUUAUACCCACAUAACGUCCGACGAUCUAAUCAAAUUCCGCCGGAAGACGUGAUUAAACGCAUGUUUGCUUUCGAGAGUCUGGCGGCCUUGAGAGGUAUUGAAGAAGUCCAGAUCGAUGGCCUUCAGGAUUGGUUUAGGCAGUGUUUGGAAAUGGUGAUGAUGGGAAAUGGGGGCGAGCUGGUGAAGAUUGAGUAUCCGGAUAUCUGGGUGAAGAGGAGGAAGGAGGGGAGUCGGAGGGCUAAGAAGAUAUUAGCGACGACUAGGGCUUGGUGGCAGCCGCUAUUCAAUUGGGAGGAGUUUGCACAGAGAAAUGGGAUAUAUACUCCCAAAGAUGCUGAUAUUAUGCAGCUGGGAAUGUAGGCUUAGGCGAGGAAGACUUAGAGACGGUUGGCGUGUGCUAUGAUUAUGGCUGAGAGCAUGCUACCUUACGAGCGAGAUUCAUGCACAGCUCAUAGCCUAUUCGGCCUGGGAAUAAGUUCGUAGAUUCUUUUUGCUCCGGUUUCCCCGCGUACAUUGGAUAAUCGUUUCUGAUUCAUAAGAUGGUCUUUGGGCUAUCGAGACAUGCACCUAAUUUCAC